AUGCCGACUAGUGCCGUUUACCAACCUACAACAGUAACAUACGAACAGCAACCUACGGAUCAGCGCUGGAACUGUCCAAUCAGUUACUUCUCAAGAAGAGUGACUAGUAGUCUGAACCGGGCUGUGUGUAUAAGGAUCGCUUUGUGCCUUUUGGGUAGCACACUCUUUAUUAUUGGCCUGGCGUUGCUAAUAGCAGGAGGAGUGCAAUACUCGAACACACCAGCCGUUCCAGCGCCGACGCCGCAAGACGUGGAUAACGGCAUCGGUGCGCUCAUUGCGGGAGGCGUCAUCCUUUGUCUCGGACUGUUAUUUGCGGGCGUAGGCGGUUGGGCCUGGUCUGCCCGUUGGGGUGGAGGCAAGGACGCUCCAGCUAGCGGUGCAGCUGCUCUCACCGCACUCAAUCCUUCCACCGACCCACUCGUAGCAGCACAAUACGCUCCCGUACGCGACGCACCACCUGCCCCCGACGACGAGAUGCGGAAUCUCAUGGAUAACAAGGAGUGUUUAAGCAGCGCUGAGGAGAGCGACAAGAUGUUGGACAGCCGGCCGUCAAUAGCAUAA